AAAUAGAGGAAGAUGGACCUAAAAUAAGUAAGAUAGAAAAAGAGAGGUAGAAGAGAAGAAGCAGAAGUGAAGAACAAAAUAAGAGCGAAGAAUAUAUCUUUCUAAACGUGUGUUUUGGUCUGAUAAGAAAAGGUCAGAUGUAUAUGUCAUCAGAAUACCAUAAUGAAGGUGAACUAAUGAGGAACUCCUACAUCAGUUACAAUUUGGAGAGAAAAAUGUAUUGUUUAUCUUCACUAUUGCUCUUCUAUUGUGAGAAACACAUUAUUGGAUAAGAUAUGGAGUUAUACUGUAGCUGUAAAUGAAUUAUAUUUCUCACCAAUGAAUCCAAGCUACUGAAAAUAAAAGAAAAUGUUAUUUAUAUGUGGUAUAGCUCAGAAGCGCAAUAGCUGCAUCAUUUUAAGGAAUCUGUAGGAGGUCAUUUGAAUUGAAUGAGGGUGUUUACAUGAAAUGCACUGCAUUGUAUUCGCUCGUAUGCAUUUUUAGCACAUAUAACAGCUUCAAGAAAAGAGGAAGAGGGUUCAGUAUACUUAGAAAAGGCUGUGUCACUGGUCCAUAGAAUCAACAUAGGGGAUUUCUUUCAAGACAAAUAUUAGUUCACCAUCUCUAUAUAAUGGACUGCUGACAAUACACCACAUACUUUCACUCUCUCUUGUGUGGUUUAUCAUACCUGAAGAAUGAUGACUGUAUUAAAGACUGCAAUAGUGCUUCUGAUGCUGUGCUGUGCUGUGCAACUUACCUCAGCUGGUCUUGCAGAUGAAUUGGCAAAAAGUAUCUGUUGCUUUAGUGAAAACAAUAUGAGAAUUCCUAAGAAAAAGCUCGAGUCUUAUCGUUGGACAAGUAACAUUUGCCCAGUCAGAUACAUUGUGUUCAAAACAGUUGAGAAGAGACAGUUCUGUAUGAACCCUGAAAAUAGCUGGGCCAAGCUGAACAAAAACCACAUAGACAAGAAAAGGGCUUCAAAAUCACCAAAAUGAAACUCGGAAGAAAUUUUCUACAUGUACACACACACAUACACCCCCAUAAUUGUAAAAUAAACCUGUAAUAUUAACAUUAUUUAAAUGUUUUGAUCUCAUUAUCUGUGUCAAAAUUAAACAUACUGAUAUGAACUUUAAAUAAGCUGUAUUAUUAAUAUUAGAGAAUAGUGCAUAGAAGUUGUCAUAUGUUAAGAUUUUCUUCAUUGUCCAUUAUUAAAUUAUCUGCAUUUUUAUUUAGUAUUUGCUUAUGUACUUAAGAGUUUAGUUUAGUUUAGAUUCUGUCAGUUAGUUUUGCUAAAAUGUACUACAAAUAUUUAAAAAAAAAAAACAAAAAAAAAAAACAUGUAUUUUGAUUUAAAAAAAUCUUGGAUUUAUUUCUUUCCAUU